CGCUUUUCGAUUCCACGAGAACCCUUGGUGUCCCUGGGGGGUCCUUCCACGGCGACGCCUCCAUGAGCGCGAGCAUGUACGGUCGCGGGGGAUCGACCUGCGGGGUUGACCGCAACGCGCUCGACGAGAUCUCCUCGGACAUCUCCUCCGCGAACAUCGCGACGUGCACCGGGCGCGUCGAGCAGUAUCAGCUGCAAACGGUUAUUGGCAACGGGAAGUUCAGCACGGUCUGGAAGGGGGUUCACAUGCCCACGGGAAAGGUGCUGGCGGUGAAGAAAGUUCAGAUUUACGAGAUCAUGGACACGAAGCAGCGCGCCGACUGCGUGAAUGAGGUCAAGCUGCUGCAGUCGUUCAACCAUCCAAACAUCAUCAAGUACACCGACUCGUUCAUCGAGAACAACGAGCUGGUCAUCACCCUCGAAUUCUGUGACUGCGGCGACCUCGGGGGCUUGGUCAAGGACAGGCUCGCAGCCGGGGCGUUCCUGGCGGAGGGACACGUGUGGAGCAUCUUCACCCAGCUCUGCACCGCGGUUUCACACAUGCACGCGCACCGCGUGAUGCACCGCGACAUCAAGCCCGGGAACGUGUUCCUCAGCGCGAGCGGCGUGGUGAAGCUCGGGGAUCUGGGUCUGAGCCGAUACCUCAGCAGCCAGACGGCCCAGGCCAAGUCCAUGGUGGGCACGCCGUACUACAUGUCCCCCGAGUGCAUCCGCGGUCAGCCGUACGAGUGGAGCAGCGACAUCUGGAGCCUCGGGUGCCUCCUGUACGAACUCGCCGCGCUCAGGAACCCGUUCCACAGGCCGGGGCUCAACUACUACACCCUGGGUAAGCUCAUCACCGCGUGCGAGUUCGACCCGCUCCCCGAGCACUACUCGCAAGAGCUGAAGCAGCUCGUCGCGGCUAUGCUUCAGAGGGACGCGACAAAGCGGCCGGGCUUGCCGGAGAUCACCGUGUACGCCGACCAGUGCAGGGCGAAGUUUCGCGAUGUGUGUUGAGCACCCGGAACGAGGAGACGCCGUAUCGUCUAGUACAACGUUAGAACCCUAGUCAUCCAAGGUGUUAACGCGAACGAGAGUUAACCGUG